AUGCGACAGGGUUUAACAGCAAAGAAUGAUAUUGUAUGCACACAAAGCUUCUCUGGACCUUUCAACGGUGGAGAAAGAGGCAAGAAACAAAAAGUGGAAGGCGAUGGAAAAAACGUGGAGGAGGAGGGAUAUAAUAAAAAGGAAAGAAAGGGUAGGGACGAAGGGGUGGGUGGAAAUGGACUAGGCCGGUUGGAGUCCUCUGGUAGAGGAAGAAGAGUGGAAGGAUUCAUUACCCAAGUCUCAAGUCUCAAGGCGACCCAUACCACGAGAUUUCACGAGCGUACGAAAAUCCCCACUCACGAUGCCAAGGAUAGAGUGGACAAGAUUGGCCAAAGAGGGGAGAGUGAGUGA